GCUGAGCGGGAACAUCUCCGUACAAGGAAAAGAGAUUUCGCAAUCGUCUUGUGUCCAUGUUCUAAACAACAAGAUCCGGAGCUCGAGUACCGAAAAAAGUCCAGCUGAAAGUCCGGAGCGCGUCAGAACCGACGGACGGUUCCGGCCAGUGGAUCCCGGUGAAGGUUGGGUGUGGUCUACUUCCUGUUUCUUCUCUCCACGUCCGUGGUCAGAGAGCAGCACCUGAAGGCAGCACAUCACAAAUGAGCCGGCCGUCGCAGCCGAAACUCACCACAUCAUCUGACCGCAGUGGCGUGAGCGUUAUCCAAAGUCAGGGCCACGCCUCUUCAUCGCUGCCACCGUCCGUAAUUGGACUGCAGCAAGUCCCACAACUUGUCCCCGCCCACCCUUCAGCCGGAGGCGGCAAGGCCCUCCCCCCCAGCAAGAUGAAGAAGCCCCCGGCGGACAAGGACAGCGACGAGUACCGGCAGCGACGCGAGCGCAACAACCUGGCGGUGAAGAAGAGUCGCAUGCGCAGCAAACAGAAGGCGAUGGACACGCAGCAGCGCGUCAACGAGCUGAAGGAGGAGAACGAGCGUCUGGAGGCAAAGAUCAAGCUGCUGAGCAAAGAACUGAGCGUGCUCAAAGACCUGUUCCUGGAGCACGCUCACAACCUGGCUGACAACGUCCCGCCUCCACAGGCUGGCGCAGAGGGCUCCAGCCCCGCCCCCAACAACCCCACCAAUGGACAAUGAGGUGGGUGAGGCUUUGGGGGUUGCUGGUGAAACUUUGGAAACUCAUGAACAUGUGAUCCGGUCUUCUACUCGUUUUUUUCUGUGGUUUAUUACUGAGUCUCUCGUGUUGAACGCCCCCUGCUGGAAAAGCUGUCAAAUCAUUUUUCAGCAACAACGAAACGUCACCAGGAUCAGGAUGAAACACACAAAUCCAUCAAUAUUGUUGAUAACUUAUUGGCCAAAGUGAAAUCCUGACUAAAAGGCUUUUAUUGAGAAUUGGAAAGUGAUCAAAGUGAUCGUGUUAUUGAUCAUUGACUGUGACAUGAACCUUAUGAAGUGAGAAACCAGCGACCUGACCUCACUUCUUGUGCUUCCUCUUCCUGUUUAAGACGUUGACGCCGCAUAGCGACAUGAUUGUCAUUGUUUACUUCACAUUACGUUUUUACUUUGUUUGUCACACAUUUUCUCAAUCUGUAACAAAUCAAUAUAAACCAGCGCAGUGAUCCUUUAAACACACACACAGUUAUUAAUGUGUGUGUGACAAAGGUCAUGUGAUAAAUCAGUGAUGUCACACAAAUUGGUUCCUUUGGUUUGUUAUUGAAAAGGAGCCUGGAAAUCCAGGUGUUGCAAUGACGACCCGCUCUGAUGAUAAUGGUAACAUCAUCAAUGAAUGUGUUGAUUAUUGAUCAAUGUUUUUUCCACUCAUAUUGACAGUCAGUGAACGUUUCAAUAAAGUUUUUAUCUUAAUUGAUAA